AUGGCGAUGGCUCAACGAAGCGAUAUGAUGACGGAUGCUGAUUUAAUGGAUGCAAUUCAAGGCCUUGGAGAGCAAGAACUGAACGAUGAAGUGAAAGAAUUAUUGAAGAUGAUGAGCGAUAAUCGCAUAAUAAGUUGGGAAGAAGCGGAACAAAUUAUGGGUUGUGGUACUUAUAAUGGCCCCAUCAAAUCCUCAUUACCUCCACAAACUAGACCUACGGAGCCAGAUAACGACACUGAUGUGGACUGGUCAAUAAAACAGUUGCAAAUGGAUGACCCUAAACUGAAACAAGUUAAUUUAAACAAUAUGAAACCUAUAUUUGAUGUGGUGGCAAGCAACACAACACUGAAAUCAAUCAAUUUGGAAACGAAUUAUCUUAGUGGUGACUUCUUUGCGCGUUUGUUUAAAGCAGCUUUAGUAAAUCAAACACUUGAGGAAGUGAAAGCUGUUAAUCAGGGUGUUACAUUUGCCACAGCAGCUGAAAAGGAAAUUAUCGAUGCCGUAUUUCAAAAUAGAGGCCUGACGAAAGUAUCAAUAAACCUUCGAUUGCCGGAAGGUCGACAUAAAAUCGAAAAUGCUUUGAUUAGAAAUCAGGAAAUCAGAAGAAUACUGAGGCGACAGGCAGCAGCUGCAGCUCGAGAAGCUGAAGAAGCACAGAAAAGAACUGGCGAAGCUAAUAAACCGGUUACUGCCAAGCCAGAAAUGCAGUCCAGAAAGCCUCAGCCGAUGAAACCCGCUAUUUUGGGGAAUGCAUCUCAAAUACCAUUUACAAGAAAACAAUCGUUUCAUGUUACUGAGGAUUUUAGACAGGCUUCAACCAGUGAUACUAGCAAUUUAGGGAAGACACCUCCAGUUAUUAAGGGAAAUGCUGCGGAAACAUUGCUUUGCGACAAAACUACUUCGACAGUCCUCGAAAAAGAAUCGAUUUUCGCUAAGCAUGUCAAGGUGCCAGAUGUCGUCAAUAGGACCCCUAUCAACAAAGUACUGCCGAAAGGAAUCGCAUCUAGUGAGUCAUUCCCCAGAGUUGAUCCAAUGAAACCCACAUCAAAAAAAACAGGACUCAAGAGAGCAUCCAUAAAAGCAAAAACGAUCGAUACUACCGAGGAAUCAGCACCUGGAAAAGUGAAAUCAAAGAAAACAAUACCAAAAAAGAUCUCCUUGGAACAAGCAGUUCCGGAAAUAGAGUUAAAUACGGAAGAAGUGCUUAGAAAGACUUCUGUAUCGAAAAAAUCUUCGCUUGCUGUAAAGGAAAGUUUCGCUCCUUUCGGAAUCAGUGAAACGACUGCUCCUACAUCCACAGAUUCUAUACUUUCAAAACGGCAAAACAAUCCCUGUGAUAACUCGAUAAAGAAAAAUUUUGCAAAGCUAGAAAAAGAAAUAGAUUCCACUGUACCAGUACAUGAAAGCUAUCAGCAUCUUAAUAAAAAACCUAUAGGUUUGGUCAAAAGCACUCGAAAUUCCUCCUUAGUUCCUCCAAUUUUUCUUGUUGCUGAACAGAAAAAUGGACCGGUGAAGAGGAAUUUCUCAAUUCCAUCGAAAGAAAAUUCAUCAGGACGGGAGAAGAUUGCUGCAAAACUAAAUGAACUAGAAAAAUCCUCUUUGCGUUCCAGUCCAUUCAGUUCACCAAUGCCGGUUUAUUCUUUAAAAAGAGAAAGUAAUUCGUAA